AUGUCUUCAGCCUAUCAUAUAGUUUGUCACCUGUACUAUUACUUGCCUCCUAGAAAUGAUGCUGACAAGACAGGCACAUCUGCUGUGUCUGUAAAUUCAUUUGAUCUACCAAAGGAGUUUUUUCAAAUGCUCGCCGCUUGUGGACCAUAUCUUCAUCGUGAUACUCAAUUACUUCAAAAGGUGUGCAGAGUAUUAAAAGCGUACUACCACUCAUCAAAAGAGUCAACCCGUGCAGCAAAUGUAGUUUUACCAGAAUCUCGAAUCGAGGAAGCACUUGGGUCGUGCUUGUUUCCUUCGUUGCAGCUUAUCCCUGCUAAUCCUGCUGUUGAUAUGGAGAUAUGGGGGGUUCUUUCCCUUCUUCCAUAUGAGCAAUUUAGUACCUUGACUAUCCUUAGUCUCCAGACCCGCUAUCGUCUAUAUGGUGAAUGGGAGAAGGAGACCGAACAAAACCCAAUUGUCCUUGCUGCAAGGCAAACUGCAAAGAUGUUGAAGCACAGGUCGUCCUCGCCGGCCAUCCUCCGCCUUUGGCCCUUGCAGCAUGGAAUCCCUGGUCAACCAGAUUUAUUUACAGUUGCACGCCAAAAUUUGCAGGUUGAAGCAUACAGGGAUAUGAUUACACCAGUUGUGGAUGCUUUUAAGUACUUGACUCAGCUGGAUUAUGACAUCUUGCAAUAUAUUGUCCUUGAACGCUUGGUACAAGGUGGUCGUGCGAAACUUAAAGAUGAUGGACUUAAUCUCUCAGAUUGGCUUCAAUGUCUUGCAUCCUUUUGGGGGCACCUGUGCAAGAAGCAUAAUGCUGUGGAACUGAAAAGCCUUUUGCAGUAUCUUGUUAAUCAACUGAAGAAGGGCAUGGGCAUUGAACUUGUUGAGCUCAUUCAGCAAAUGGCGAAUGUGCAGUACACCGAGAACAUGACAGAGGAACAGGUCGAUGCUAUGGCAGGAAGUGAGACUUUGCGGCAGCAAGCUUCACUGUUUGGAGCAACAAGAAACUAUAAGGUGUUGAGUAAGUCCACAAAUAGGCUAAGGGAUUCGUUGCUUCCAAAAGAAGAGCCCAAACUUGUACUUCCUAUGUUACUGCUGCUUGCUCAGCAUCGGUCCAAACCAUGCAAAUGGCGAUGCAGAAAUAUGAAUGUUGUGAUUACUAAUGAUUUACCACCAAAGGAAAUAAGCACUGGAGUAGGGAUCAUAAUAAAUGCUGAUGCCACAUAUAUCAAAAUGGUCAGUGAGCAGUUUGAUAGAUGCCAUGGAAUACUUCUUCAGUAUGUUGAGUUUCUUUCAAGCGCUGUAACUCCAACCGCCUAUGCUCAACUAAUACCUCCUUUGCAAGAUCUGGUCCAUAAAUACCACAUUGAGCCAGAGGUUGCUUUCCUUAUAUACCGCCCAGUGAUGCGGCUUUUUAAGAGCAAUAAUGGAGGUGACACUUGUUGGCCUCUUGAUGAUAACGAGGAAGGAGAAUCUGUAUCAUCUGAUGAUCUUAUCUUACAUCUUGACUCGUCUCAGGAACCAAUCAUCAAAAGCUUGGAACAGUCUUUCACCAGAUUUAUAUGCUACUUUCUGGGCUUAACACUCUAUGAUCUUCACUUUCCAAAAGACCGUUAUGAUACAGAAAUCAAGAAGCUGCAUGAGAGUCUCAAACAAUUGGAGGACAACUCAGAUAAUUCUAGCAUUGCAAUUUCAAGAUGUAAGAAGGACAAGGAGAGAAUCCAAGAUUUACUUGACAAACUGAACAGUAAAUCUCAGAAGCACCAGCAGCACAUUGCAUCUGUGGUCCAAAGUGAUGAAUCUGUUUAUGAGCGUGAAUGUGCAAACAAACCAGGUUUUGCAGUGUACUUCAGAUACCCAAACAGCCAGCGUGUAUCCUAUAGUCAGUUUGUUCGGGUUCAUUGGAGGUGGAAUUUAAAAAUCACCAAAGCACUUAACCAAUGCAUGGAAUCAAAAGAAUACAUGGAAAUUCGAAAUGCCCUUAUUGUGCUUACAAAGAUUUCUAGUGUUUUUCCGGUGAUUCGUAAAAGUGGUGUCAAUCUUGAGAAACGGGUGGCUAAACUAAAAGGGGAUGACAGAGAAGAUCUUAAAGUACUAGCCACUGGUGUAGCUGCUGCUUUAGCUGCUCGCAAGAGUUCUUGGCUAUCCGAAGAAGAGUUUGGCAUGGGCCACAUUGAUCUGAAGCCAGCAACAGCAAGAUCUGUGCUUGUGGAUGAACCUCCGAAACCUGUAUCUGAUGAGGGGGUUAAAGUUUCUGCAAAACCUACUUCAGAAUCUGAGACAAGAGCAACACAAAAGCGCGCUGGCAAUGCUGGGAAGGUAAUGAAGCAUGAUGUUGCAAAGGAAGAUGCAAAAGCUGGGAAAUCUACCAGCUCGAAUGUAAAUCAACAAGUCUCUACUGUUGAUAGAGAAGCAUUGUCUCAUUCAGCUGAUGCUGCCCAAGAAACCAGUACCACUAUUAGCAAUGGUAACUUGCAUCCAGUGUCGUGGAAGGUUUCGUCAUCUUCUCAAAGAAAUGCAGUUACACAUAAUGGAGCAGCUAAUCCUUCUGGUGAGUCUACUGAUCUGAUUGACUCUACCGUGAGACAGCAAAAAAGACCUCCGAUUGAGGAGCAAGAUAGAUCAUGUAAACGGAGGAAAGGAGCAAAUGAACCUGAUUUGAGUGAACAUGUAGACAAGGAAAAGAGUUUGGACUCACGUGGCGGAGAUAAGUUUCGUUCAGUGGAUUAUGAGAAGAUUGCUAAUGAGGAACAAAACUUAAGUAGGGCAGGCAAAAUGAAAGAGAAAUCUGAUGAUAAAUACGACAGAGAUCCUAGGAAAAAAUUAGAUCGAGGUGAAAGGCGUCGUGGGGAAGAUGCCAUUGAGAGAUCAACAGAUAGAUUGUCGGAGAGGACAGAACGUUCUAUUGAAAGGAUGCAAGAGAGAGUUACAGACAAAGCCAUUGAAAAAGGGUUGAAAGAGUUGCCUGAUCUUUAG